CUUCCGUCGUCCAGUCAACUCAUCAUGGAGCUGUGCUCAGAGGGAGUAGCUAACAUGAUAUUUACACUGCUUUUAAUUGAUUGCACGUCCAGAAGUACCGGUUUUGAGAUGAAGUCUAUUUUUUGUACCAUAUCUGACAGCUGCGACUGUGACUUUAAACCGGACAUAAAAGGUUUGGAGUGGGACCUUUAUAAAAACCUUUAUGGUCAACAUAUGGCUCAGGACAUUGUGUCGGAAGCAGUGGUGAACUUUAUACAGAAUGAAAACCCUGACAGACCACUGGUGCUGUCUUUCCAUGGAGCAUCUGGGACUGGAAAAAGCCUGGUCAGCUCUAUGAUGGGAAGACAUAUCUAUGGAACAGCUAUGGGCAGUCCGUACAUCCAUCAGUAUGUUCCCACGUUACACUUUCCCUCUGCUGACCGGGUGCAACAAUACAGGUCAGAUCUAAAACACUGGGUCGAGAGAAACCUCACAGCUUGUGCUCGCUCGAUCUUCAUCUUCGAUGAGAUGGAGAAGAUGCCUCCUGAAGUGAUUGAUGUUCUCGAACCACAUUUAGGCCCCUUUCAUGUACUGUUUCAGACAAAUUACCGCAAGGCAAUUUAUAUCUUUAUCAGUACUGUAGGUCAGGAGGUAAUUAACAAAGUUGCGCUGGAGAGUGUGCAAGCAGGAAGAGAUCGAGAGGAAAUUCGGCCUGAGGAACUGGAGGAGGCUUUGGCUGAUGCUGUGUACAACAAUAAGAACAAUGGCUUCUACCACUCCAGAAUAAUUACAGAAAAACUUAUCACUCGAUUUGUGCCUUUUCUUCCCUUGCGGCGGCAUCACAUUGAGCGCUGUGCCCAGCGGGAGCUCUGCCAGCGUGGGGAGUGUCAGCGUGUAGAUGUGGUAUCGUCAGUAGGGGGCGCAAUGAAUUACAUACCACAGGACAGCCAAUAUUUCUCCAGCACUGGCUGCAAAUUAGUGCCUGCUAAAGUUAACCUGUUCCUUUGAGGGCCAGAUCUCUCUAGGAUCUUACAUGACUUAUUGCAGAUUCAGAGCACAAAGCCCUUUGGGUAGUCGAACUGCAAAGAUGAAGCAGCCUCAAUUAUGGAUUUGGACACAUUCUUUCAGUUGUAUGUUACAUCCAUGUGGGUAAAUUCUGAUAAUGAGUAAUUAAUAGAUUUCAGAAAGUCACUCUAGCUCUGGAUUUUGCUGUUUUUAAUCAAGCAAUAAUAAGCCAGUGGCAAAUUAAACAAAGCGGAAAUGCACAGAGCUGACCACAUAUAUACAGUCAGAGUUCUCUUGGCUACUAAAACAAACUUUCCAAAAACACUGACCUUUUAGUCAGCGUGCAGUUAAUUACACAUCAAGUGCAUUCAAUUUUCUUCUUUUUAUUUAUUUUAUCAGGGGUAUUUGUUUAACAAUAAAGGUAAGUGCUGUACUUCAGAUGCCAACCUUUGGGUGGCAGCAGUACGUUUUUGUUUUUCCCACUAUACCCUUGAUGUACAGUGAAAUGUGUUUUGUUUUUUUUUACCUUAUUUCAUAUGUAUGUAAAUUAUGUAUAAUGCUUUUUUUAAUAUUUAAAUAGGUUUACAAGUUUGAACCAGAGAAAUCAGAAAGUUGAAUAUAGCAUCUCUUUCAGUAAAAAUGUAAUUUUGUUGUUAGAUGCAUAAGUGCGUCUUAAAAAAUCUUAAGAUCUUAAUGGCAAUAAGACUUAUGUGCUGCCACAUCUGCUCUUUUGUCUAAAAAGCCACACUGUCCCGUUUGAUUGAAGCAGGCUGUCAGUUUUUGUAUAUUAUUUGAAAUUACUUGAAUUAUUUUAAUUGUUUCAAUGUGAUUACUGUGCUAUUGUCCUUCUCCUUGAAACAUUUUCCAUAUGAAACUCAAACUCCAAAUUAGUAUAAUGAAAAGAAAAUGUGUAUUGAGAACUUUUUUCUCAGUAUACACAUCAAGAUAAAAUAUUGCAGUGGUGUAUUGUAAAACACUUUUCCAUUUAUGGAAAAAUGUAUAUUUUUUUAAACACUAAAGGGAAAUUGAAAGAUGAAAAUUUAAUCAAAGGUAAAAAAUAAAAAAAAGUUACUGUAAGCAUUUUUAACUUUUAAUUUCAGCAAAUAAUAAUCACUGGAAUCCAGGUGAACCAAUUGUAUCAGCUAAUGGCAAUUCAUUUGUGCAUGAAGUGCAUUGAUAUUAACAAGAGAAUUCUAGUGUUACUCAUUUUUGUUUACAUUGUACAGUUAUUCUGCACAUGCAUUUCAGAGUAGCUUGCAUUGUGAUGUAAUUCAUUUGUUAAAGCAUAAACCUUUUUUCUGCACUUUUGUUAAUGAUUUGAUCAUCCCUUACCUAUUAUUUUUUUUAUUGUUUUUUUUUUAUUACUUAAUUUAAAUUGAAUCUUGUACAGUUAAAUGAAAUGAAGACACUUUAUUGCUGCACAUCAGUGGCAGAAUAAAAUCAAGUUUCUUCUUUUGAACUUGUGUAUCUGAUGUUUUAAAUUG